UCAGAGUCUCAGUCUCAUUUCGAACGCGUCUGUGCGGGCAUAUAGAAGAGAGAUAAACAGGCAGACCGACUGGGAAGGCGAAACAGAAACAAUUUUCAUAAAAUUAUACAUACCACAAAGUGUUUUAGCACAAACAUUCAAAAAAUUUUGUAUAAUUUUUGUGUUUUGUUCGUUGUUUUUCGUACUUUUGCUGCGUUCACGAACACAAAAAAAAAAAUAAUAAAAAAAAAAAGCUGCGACGUGCGCUAAAAUUAGCGACCGGUGUAUUAUAGGGUGAUGUAUGCUGUAUGAGUCCCAGUCCCAACUGGCUACGCCCCGCCCCUCAGCCGCCUGGGCCCCCGCCCCCCAGCCGCCUCUGAGCAGAGAAGCGCGCCCCAAAUUGCUGACAUUUGUGAAUUAUACAUAUUUCAAAUAGUAUUUGUGCAAAUGAUGUGCUCAAGAUUGCCAGCAAUCGAGUAAACAUAGCAAAAUUAUAAUAAAUAUUUGGAAGAGCAGCACAAAAACGUGAAGUGAAAAAUCAAUCGAUACGCGUGGAAAACAAGGACUAUUGACACAAAAUGCCAGCCUCAAAUACGAUUGUGCUGAGGAGUCUAUCCAUAUUGUUGGGCCUGUUCUUCAUAUUUGUGGGCACGCUCAAGCUGACGCCGCACAUCAGCAAGGAUCUGUACAAGGAUCUGCGCACAGAGUAUGUGAAAUAUGCCAAGGUAUUUCCAUUGACGGCGCUGUUCGGCGUAAAAAUACCCUCGAAAUGGUAUAGACGAACCGUUGGCAUACUGGAAAUUGUUUGCGGCCUGGCCAUGGCCCUAAUACCCUAUCAUAAAAUCAAGAAUGUGGCGAAUGUGCUGCUGUUGCUGCUGAUGCUAUUGGGCAUCUAUCAGCAUUGGAUGGUCAGUGAUCCGUUCGAGCGCUCCGGACCCGCGCUGGUGUUCACGUUCAUGCUGGGCGGCCGUUUGGUUGUCUGGUAUCAGACCAGCCGCAAGGAGGCAGCCGAACUGGCGUCGGUCAAUCCGCCGCAAGCGAAUGGCCUCAAACAGGAAUAAAUGCUGCCGGAGAGUACGAGAACAUAUUUAGUCGAAUCUAAAAAAAGAAUCAACUUAUAGUCGCACCUGUAAACAGCUUUGUUUUAGCACAAUUAGUUGAAUAUCGCGAGCUCAAAUUGGCGCCCUUAAAUACAAUAUACAUACAUAUAUAUACAUAUUAACGAAAUAACACACUCAUUUCUAGUUAUAAAUUAAAUGAACAAUUUUUAUAGAGUAAACGAAAUUGAAAUUGGAGUGUUUUUCUUUUUAAGUUUUUUUUUUUUCACUUUGGUGCCAAAUAAUAGAAUACAUACUCGUACAAUAUAUAUAUAUAAAGAAAUAAUAUACACAUAAAUUAAUUGCGAAAGUGUUCAAGUUAUAAAUUAAUAAACGAGUUAGAGUAUAUAGCAAUAAAGACAAA